AUGGGGGCGGGCGCGGCGCCGCUGGAGGGCUACUACUUCGCGGCGGCCCUGAGCUGCACCUUCCUGGUGUCCUGCCUCCUCUUCUCCGCCUUCAGCCGCGCGCUGCGGGAGCCCUACAUGGACGAGGUCUUCCACCUGCCGCAGGCGCAGCGCUACUGCGAGGGCCGCUUCUCCCUCGCGCAGUGGGACCCCAUGAUCACCACGCUGCCUGGCCUCUACCUGCUGUCGGUCGGGGUGGUCAAACCCGCCCGUUGGAUCUUCGGAUGGUCGGAACACGUCGUCUGCUCCAUUGGAAUGCUCAGAUUUGUCAAUCUUCUCUUCAGUGUUGGCAACUUCUACUUACUCUACUUGCUUUUUCGCAAGGUACAACCCAGACACAAGGCCGGCUCCAGUGCCCAGAGAAUCUUGUCAACAUUAACCCUCGCAGUAUUUCCUACGCUCUAUUUCUUUAACUUCCUUUACUACACAGAAGCAGGAUCCAUGUUUUUCACUCUUUUUGCCUAUUUGAUGUGUCUUUAUGGGAAUCAUAAAACGUCCGCCUUGCUUGGGUUUUGUGGCUUCAUGUUUCGUCAGACGAACAUUGUCUGGGCUGUCUUCUGCGCCGGGAACGUCAUCGCACAGAAGUUAGCGGAAGCUUGGAAGACUGAGAUGCAAAAGAAGAAGGAAGAGAGGCUUCCCCCAAUCAAAGGACCGUUUUCAGAAUUCAGGAAAAUUCUGCAGUUUCUCUUGGUUUACUCCAUGUCCUUUAAGAACCUGAGUGCGCUUUUCAUCUUGACGUGGCCGUACACCCUCCUCCUGUUCCUGUUUUGUGCUUUCGUGGCAGUUAACGGCGGGAUCGUGGUUGGCGAUCGGAGCAGCCAUGAAGUCUGCCUGCAUUUCCCCCAGCUCUUCUACUUUUUCUCUUUCACUCUCUUUUUUUCCUUCCCUCACUUACUGUCUCCUAGCAAGGUGAAAGCUUUCCUUUGCCUAGUUUGGAAACGUAGAAUUCAGUUUUUUGUGCUCACUCUAGUCUCUGUAUUUUUAAUUUGGAAAUUCACUUACGUUCACAAAUACUUAUUAGCAGAUAACAGGCACUACACAUUCUAUGUGUGGAGAAGAGUUAUCCAAAGAUAUGAAAUUGUGAAAUAUUUGCUAGUUCCCGUCUAUAUAUUUGCUGGUUGGAGUAUAACUGACUCACUGAAGUCAAAGUCUGUUUUCUGGAACUUAAUGUUUUUCAUAUGCUUAUUUGCUGUGAUAGUACCUCAGAAACUGCUCGAAUUUCGUUACUUUAUUUUACCUUACGUUAUUUAUAGGCUUAACAUACCUCUGCCCCCAAUAUCUAGACUUGUUUGUGAACUAGGUUGCUAUGCAGUUGUUAAUUUCAUAACUUUUUACAUCUUUCUGAACAAGACUUUCCAGUGGCCAGAUAGUCAGGACACUCAGAGGUUUAUGUGGUAA